GAGCGCUCGGUGCUCUGUCGCAGCCGUGCAGGAACUCCGACAGUGUCUUCUGACUGUCCUGAGGAGAACAUCUCUGCUGAAGAAACUUGUGAGGCUGAAGUCUGUCGCGGACGAUACCACCUCCGGCUGAGCGAAUGGUCUGACUGCUCUGACAACUGCGCUGCAGUGGAUGAUGCUACAGACAGACUGGUCCCGGGGAUGGAAGUGCGAUCCGGAACAUGUUCAGCUAGCAAUGGCACAGCCGUCGAGGAUCCCACUCUCUGCCGGGACCUGCAAUUCAGGGAGUCAAAUCGCAUGUGCAACACUGCGCCAUGCGAGCUGUUCCGCUUUGCUGUAGGGCGUUGGAGCUCUUGCUCCUGCUUGACCCGGCAGCAAAACAGGGCAGUCGAAUGUGUUGAUAUGACUGGCGAACGGGCAGAAGAGCGGGGCUGCGAGCGUCUGGGGCUCCUGAAGCCGAGGGAGGUGCAAGGCUGUGAGCCUGAGGACUGUCCAGAGACACCUGGCUUUAGGAGGUUGUUGCAAAACGGGACAACUGUGGUGGACCCAUGUGAAGGGAAUCUUUGCUCAGGUUGGACUCCUGCUACAAAAACACUGGACUGCCAAUGGAAUUGGCCAUGGGAAUUGCAGCAAUGGGUCGUGCUCAUGUAA